UGGAGCGCUGCGCUUGUGGUGGUGGCGGUGGCUCGCUGUGGGCAGUGUGGAGCUUCAACAUGUUAAAGACAAUGGAGACUAAAAAACUGAUUGGUAAAUCCCUUCAGCCAGCAAGACCUGCACGCCAUCUGUCUUCACAGCAUGCCUCAACAAUUACUUUCAACUUCCAACCUGAAUUUCCAUGCAGCACUCAAGUAUGUUUACAUAGUGAAGUUAGCUGGUGGUAUGAGGGUACUGGAAUGCAGGUCUUAAAUCAAACUGUGAUCCCUAGUCAACCACAGUGCCAGAAGUCUGAAACCAAGAAAGAAAGAAUUAAAUACAGCAGAGAUUUCCUCUUAAAGCUUUCAAGUGUUUCACUCUCUCUAAAGAAGCCGGAAUUUCUUCCUGAUCAUCCUAUUGUCCUUGAAAAAUCAGAAAAAACUAUUUUAUUGCCUUAUGUAGGAAAUGACAGGUCCUUUUGAAGAUAAGAAAUCCAUCUUUUGGACAGCUAACAAUGAAGUGGAUUAAGGGCCAGAUUUUUAAAGGUAUUUAGGUGCCUUAAGAUGCAGAUAGGUGC